CACGCUUUUCCUCUUCAACAAGCAACACAUAACACUACUCUUCUUUUUCCCCCCAGCCAAAUCUUUUACUCAUAACCAACCAUGUCUUCCAUCCAUAUCAAAGUUCACUCCGCCGAAGGCUUGCGCGAUGUUGAGAACUUCGGUAAGAACGACCCCUAUCUCCAAGUCAGCUUGGAUUUCGAAAAGAAGAACUCUUUCAAGAAGACCUCUGUCAAGAAGAACGCAGGAAAGAACCCCGAGUGGAACGAGGAGAUUAUCCUCAAUGACUAUGAGCCCAACGAGCACCAUUACUUGUACGUCGAGAUCCUCGACCAGGAGAAGCUCGCUGAUGCCGUCAUUGGUUACGGCGCUAUCCCUUUGCGUCAGGUCAUUUCGGCCGGCGGCUCUUACAGGGGUAAAUUUGAGGUCUAUGAUGACGAAUCCAAGCCGCAUGGAGCUGUUUCCUUGACCAUCAGCAUCCUCAGUGCUGGUCAACAGGCCCCUGCGUCUAGCGGCCCCGAGGUCCAGGGUGAAACUCAGAUUGUCAACGAGCACAAAGAUAGGAUUAAGUUGUUGGAGAACAAGGAGGAUGCCUCUGACGCUGCUGUCGCUGCCGCCAUCUUCGGCGCGGGCUUUGCCUACCUCAAGAGCGGUGGCAAGAAGGAGGUUAAGAAGGAGAACUAAAAAUCCACACACUCUUUGGACUUUAAUUUGUAAAUAGUGGGUAUUCUCGCAAUUCUAAAAAAAAAAAAAAUUC